AUUGAUCAAUUAACCUGGUAUUCCCACAAUGAAUCACAGUCUAGUAUACAUUUGCAUGGCUUAGCUUCCUUGUAAAGAUAGAUUUCACCCAGCAACAUGGAAGUACAUUAGUGUGUAGUCUUCACAUUCUAAAUGUAAUAGUAAAGAUGCGAAGUCACGUCCCUAUUUCAAUCACUGGAAGUGCAUCCAUCCCUACCAGACCUACACCAACGUGGGCUGCAAUCAUAGCAUUCCUGGUCAUCGGAUGUGCGAAUACCGUUAAAAGCAGGAAAUCAAUGUUAUUGGAAACUCCAUGCAAAAUAGGGAAAGAAUACAAAGUUGUGGCAAUAGAUGGGCGCAUACAUUGUAAGUCAUGCUCACAUUGUGCAAGUGGCGAGUGUAUAUCCACGCAUUGCUAUGAAUACAGGGAUACACAGUGCCGAAGUGUUGGGCCGAAUGAAUUCAUAGAAGGGGAGGUGUGUUACCCAUGUUCUGAUUGUGGUAGUAAACGAGAGGUGUUGCAAGGCUGCUCGCGUGAUUCUGAUACACAAUGUGGUGGAUGUGUUCUAGGUUAUCAAUGGGACUUCAUGCUAGAAGAAUGUCUUCCCGACCCGCAAUCCAAAGCUGCAAAAGGCCAUCACCUUGCUGACCAGUCAUUUCGUUUGCAUAUCAACAAAGAAGAUUUAACGACUCAUCCCGAAUCGCAAGACAAUGUGACAUUCGACUUAUUCGACGAUGUCAGUAAAUAUGAUCCAGAUCAAGAAAAUGGAAUGAUUAUAUUUUUGACGAUUACACUAGUCGCGAUAGUGCGUUACUCAAUGGCAACGGGUACCCAUAUUCAAGGAUUACGCACAAAGGUGGAUCGUUAUGCAACUAAGAUCCCUGAUAUGUAG